GCGGCGGCCAUAUUGUCUGUGGGCACCGGCGUCGUGUGGGUGUGUUUCCCCGCCUGCUUCCCUUUUAACCCGGAAGCGGAAGCGCUUCCAUUUCCGGUGUGGCGGGGCUAGCCUGGGCUCUUCCGUCGGGCGCAGCGGCCGCGACAAAGGGGCGAUGGACAGCGAGUUCUCGGACGCGGAGGCCGGCCCGGGGGGGGAGGAGAACGCCCCCGUGUACUGCGUCUGUCGCAAACCCGACAUCAACUGCUUCAUGAUCGGCUGCGACAACUGCAACGAGUGGUUCCACGGCGACUGCAUCAACAUCACCGAGAAGAUGGCCAAGGCCAUUCGGGAGUGGUACUGCCGGCAGUGUCGGGAGAAGGACCCGGCGCUGGAGAUCCGGUACCGGCACAAGAAGUGGCGGGAGAAGGAGCGGGAGCAGGAGGGGGGCAAAGCCCCGGAGCCCCCCACCGAGCAGGGACGGGCCGCCAAGAUCAAGCGCUCGGCGCGCAUGUGUGGGGAGUGCGAGGCCUGCCGGCGCCCCGAGGACUGCGGCCAGUGCGAUUUCUGCCGCGACAUGAAGAAAUUCGGGGGCCCCAACAAGAUCCGCCAGAAGUGCCGGCUGCGGCAGUGCCAGCUGCGCGCCCGCGAGUCCUACAAGUACUUCCCCACCUCGCUGGCGCGGGGGCGCGAGGGGGAGCUGGAGCUGCUGAAGGAGCAGCUGGGGGCGGCGGCGCCCCCCGAGACCCUCUCGGACGAGGAGCUGCCGCUCGACCCCCGGCUCUACCAGGAGCUCUGCGCCGGCGCCUUCGACGAGCACGGCCUGCCGUGGCUCAGCGACCCCGAGGACGCCCCUUUCCUCGACCCCGCCCUGCGCAAACGCGCCGUCAAGGUCAAACACGUCAAGCGGCGCGAGAAGAAGUCGGAUAAAAAGAAGGAGGAGCGCUACAAGCGGCACCGGCAGAAGCCGCGGCACCGGGAGCGCAGCCGGCACCCGGAGCGCCCCGACGGCCGCGACCCCGCCGGGCUGGGCCAGUGCCUGGGCCCCGGCUGCACCCGCCCCGCCAGGGCCCCCUCCAAGUACUGCAGCGAGGCCUGCGGCGUCAAGCUGGCCGCCAACCGGAUCUACGAGAUCCUUCCGCAGCGGAUCCAGCAGUGGCAGCAGAGCCCCUGCGUGGCGGAGGAACACGGCAAGCGGCUGCUGGAGCGGAUCCGGCGCGAGCAGCACCAGGCCCGCCUGCGCCUGCAGGAGAUGGAGCGGCGCUUCCACGAGCUCGAGGGGCUCAUCGCCCGCGCCAAGGGGCACCCGCCCCGCGAGGAUGAGGAGAGCACGGAGGGGGACAGCGAGGACACGGACCUGCAGAUCUUCUGCGUCUCCUGCGGGCACCCCAUCAACCCCAAGGUGGCGCUGCGGCACAUGGAGCGCUGCUACGCCAAGGGCCACGCGCCUGUUCUGCGACGUCUACAACCCUCAGAGCAAAACCUACUGCAAGCGGCUGCAGGUGCUGUGCCCCGAGCACUCCCGCGACCCCAAGGUGCCGGCGGACGAGGUGUGCGGGUGCCCCCUGGUGCGGGACGUCUUCGAGCUGACGGGGGAGUUCUGCCGCGUCCCCAAGCGCCGCUGCCACCGGCACUACUGCUGGGAGAAGCUGCGCCGCGCCGAGGUGGACCUGGAGCGCGUCCGGGUGUGGUACAAGCUGGACGAGCUCUUCGAGCAGGAGCGCAACGUGCGGGCGGCCAUGACGAACCGGGCGGGGCUGCUGGCGCUGAUGCUGCACCAGACCAUCCAGCACGACCCCCUCACCACCGACCUGCGCUCGCAGCGCUGAGGGGCCCCCCACACCCCCCCGGUACCCCCACACCCCCCCCGGUACCCCCACCCCCCCCCGGUACCCCCACCCCCCCCCCGGAGCCGCGGGAACCCCGCCCGGCCCCGCCCCGCCCCGCCCAUCCGGGCGGGGCGGCUGCGUCGGGGCGUCCAGCGUGACCCCCCCAGCACCCACCUGUGCUGUCAGUGCUGAGGGGCCCCCCCAAAACCUCCAGGGGUCCCCCCAAACCCCCCCCGGGACCCC